CACUCCCAUGCGACCACCCACACCGAACCAUUUCUUCUCACUCGCCUUCUUUCUCAAAAAAAUGACAUUCAUUGUUCUCUCAAAGAUCUGCAAACCGAAAACAGAAACCCAGAAAAUUAAAAAGGGAAAAGAAGCCCUCGCUCUUUCUCUCUCUCUAGUAUAUCUUUCUAAAAACUGCUAUGACGGAUUCCGUUGAACCACCGUCGACAUCAACAGACGAUCCUAAUAACCCAAAUCCAAACCCGAACCCGAACCCAAACUCCUUAAUCCAUCCACGGCGGGAACCAUUCGAGCACGGACUUCUCCCGAUCCCUAAACUAAUAUUUCCCGACCCGACCCAAGCACUCUCUCAAUUGAAACAAAAACUCGCAUCUCAUAACGGUCGAAUUGACACUGCAAUUCUCGCGGAGUCGCUCCAGAUCUCAACCGACCAUGCUAGGCUUGUUUUAGACACCCUCGCAUCGAUUCUUCAUUCUGAUGCUGACCCGCUCGUUAAGGCACAACCCGGAGAUAUUGAUUUGGUCGGUGCUGAUUUGCGUGAUCUGAUAUUGUUUUUGUAUAUACAGUCUUAUAAGAAGCUAUUGCCUAGGACUCAUAAAGACUCUGCUGCUGUGGCUGACGUUUGGCCUUCCACGUCAGCUUUUGACGGCUACUUGUCCGCGUUAUCGCCUCUUCAGCUUGUGCGUAGCAACAGCCGUCGGUUUAUGCCAUCACAAGCUGAUGAAGAGGCUCAUCAACUAUCCUAUCUGCAAAAGCACAUGGCUAACAUUCUCUCUCUUUUGGCAGAGCCCGUGGAAGGAGAAGGGGAAGAGUAUCUGGUUUUGUCCAUGGAAGGAUUUGAGCACCUUGGCUUUCUGAUUCAAUUUGGGGAUAAGGGAUCUGAAGGGGUUCCAUUAAGUCAAGCUGCUCCUUUUUUUGCCAACUCAGAUCCUGACAUGCCUGCUGUCCCUGUUCCUGCUGCACAAGUCCAUGAUUGGAUUUCACAGAAUAUCUCAUCUGCUUUGGAACACAUCACUGAAAGAAUUUCAGCAAAAGAAAAUGGGCCACCAAGUGCAUCUGAUCAGGAUGUUGCCAUGGCUGAUGCCUGUGCAAGUUCAGUCAAGCCUGCCCCAAGUUCUAGGGGAUCAAGUUUUAUUGAGGGAAUCUCUAAAUCUUCGUAUGUAAAACAAGCAUCAGAUCUUAAAGGUUCUUCUGUAAAGGUCUUGAAUUGCCAUGACUCUGUCAUUUACAUCUUAGCACCCUUGAGAUAUGCCACCAUCUAUGGAUGCUCUGAUGCUACUAUAGUUCUUGGAGCUGUUGGAAAGGCUGUGAGGAUCGAGCAUUGCGAACGAGUUCAUGUGAUUACGGCAGCAAAGAGAGUCUGUAUUGCCAAUUGUCGCGAGUGUGUCUUCUUUUUGGGGGUAAACCAGCGACCACUCAUGGUUGGCGAUAACCAUAAGCUGCAGGUGGCACCUUAUAAUACAUACUACUCAGAGUUGGAGGAGCACAUGGCUGAAGUGGGCAUUGAGGCAACUAUCAACAGAUGGGAUGAUCCCUUGGCCUUGGGAGUGGUUGAUCCACAUGAUUCAUUAUCUCAUCCUGCAGGUGUUUCUGAUGUUCAAGCUGAGUCAGCUGCACGGCUGGACCCGGAUCAAUUCACUAAUUUUUUGAUUCCAAAUUGGUUUGGUGGUGAAUCUUCUGGGUCAACAAAAGAUAACCCAUUUCCAUUACCAGAAGCGUACAUGUCAUCUCAGGAGAGAAACCAAAAGAAUUUAGGGGAGAUAAAGCAACUACUGCGGGAAGCUCCGCUUGAAGAAAAUCGGAAGCGGGAACUAUCAUGUGCGCUGCAUUUAUUAUUCAAGGACUGGUUGUAUGCUUCAGGCAAUAUCCGACAGCUUUACUGCCUACAAGGUGAUUGAUGUUGAAUGGUGAAUGCACGGCAUAAGCGAAGAUGGUAGUGGGAGGGUCGCUGGUGCUCUUUCUGUUGCAGCCCCAUUUUCAUUGGUACUAGAGGCAUCCGACAAUCAUCCCUAUGUACUUUGGAAUCGAACACAUUUGUCCGAUGACACUGGCGCACAGAAUACAUUGGUUUACGCUAAUCUCACUGUAAUAUUUUUUGGAGAGGAAAAUUCUUACUGUAAUAUUUGUUAACUUAGGUUCUCAAUAUUGUGAAAUUUUUUUUA